AUGUUCCAGGAUCCAAGAGGUACCAACAGCUCCAAGUUCCAGAUAUCUGAGUUCAUUCUGUUGGGAUUCCCCGGCAUUCACAGCUGGCAGCACUGGCUCUCCCUACCCCUGGCCCUGCUGUACUUCUUGGCUCUCAUAGCCAACAUAUGUGUCAUUACCGUCAUCCACCAGGAAGCUUCACUACAUCAGCCUAUGUACCAUUUCCUGGCUAUUCUGGCAGUAGUAGACAUGGGCUUGGCAACCACCAUCAUGCCCAAGAUUUUAGCCAUCUUCUGGUUCAAUGCUAAGUCCAUCAGCCUUCCAGAGUGCUUUGCACAGAUGUAUGCCAUCCACUGUUUUGUUGCUAUGGAGUCAGGUAUUUUUGUCUGUAUGGCUAUUGAUAGGUAUGUGGCAAUCUGCCGACCACUCAGAUAUCCUUCCAUCAUUACUUUAUCUUUUGUGGUCAAAGCAACUAUGUUCAUGACCCUCAGAAAUUGUGUGGCUACCAUAUCAGUUCCUGUGUUGGCUUCACAGAGAAAUUACUGCUCUAAAAAUCAAAUUGAACACUGUCUUUGUUCUAACCUUGGGGUCACUAGCCUCUCCUGUGAUGACAGAAGAAUCAACAGUGUCAACCAGCUGGUAUUGGCUUGGGCAAUCAUGGGAACUGACCUAGGUUUGACUCUUUUUUCUUAUGCUUUGAUCCUCCGGUCUGUGUUGAAGCUGAACUCUGCAGAAGCUGCAUCCAAGGCCUUGGGCACCUGCACUUCCCACCUCAUCCUAAUCUUUUUCUUCUACACUGUCAUUGUUGUCAUUUCCAUCACUCACAGUGCAGGCAUGAAAAUUCCCCUCAUCCCAGUUCUGCUCAAUGUGCUACACAAUGUGAUCCCUCCUGCUAUGAACCCCGUGGUGUAUGCCCUCAAGAACAAGGAGCUCAGACAAGGUUUGCACAAGAUGGUCAGAAUGAACUUCAUGUGUAAUUAA